GAAGUCACUGAAAUGGCUAAAUAUUCUUGUGAAAAUUCUUCAAUCCGUUCAGUCGAAAUUUUAAAUAUUUCUGUGAUAGAGGAAAACGCUUUUUCUUGGUGUGAUUUUUUGACAAAAGUUGUUUUCAGUCAGAAGUUGAAAAAUAUUAAAAACGAGGCGUUUUUGUCGUGUUAUUCACUUAAAGAAAUAACAUUACCAAAAGGUCUACAGACCGUUGGGGAUAGUAGUUUUGAGAAGUGUCAUUCCCUCACAAAAGUGUUUUGUGAAAACGACGAUGUGAUGUAUGCAACAAAGUGUUUUGCUUUUUGUGUUUCACUGAAAGAAGUUCCAGUUAUAAAGAAUAUAAGCGUUGCUAUGUUUUUUGAAUGUAAAUCGCUGUGUCAAAUUUCGUUGAGUCAAAAUUGCAAAGAAAUUUGUGAUUUCGCAUUUUAUCGAUGUUUGUCACUCUCAAAAAUUGAUAUCCCAAAAAGUGUCACAAGAAUUGGAGCUUGCAGUUUUAGAAAAUGUGUCGCAUUGAAAAAAAUUGAAAUACCAUCAAAUGUUGUAAAUGUUGAUGACGGCGCGUUUUAUGACUGCAAAAACAUUGAAAAAGUUGUUAUUUAUAAUUCCAUUGUUAUAUGUGGAGUCGAUGUGUUUGAAGAAUGUGAGAGAAUUACAUCUCUGCAAAUUGGCACAGAAAAAGAAAUAUACAAAUUUGAAGUGAGUUAUACGUUUUAUUUACAAAUGAAGAAUAUACACAUUAAUUGUGAAAAUGUUGCAGUAAGGAGAAGUGAUGUUUAUAAAUAUGGGACUACUAUGAUUAAUGAAAUUCAAUCGAAUAAUUUGAUUCACAGAAUUGAUGAAGGCUGUUUCUACAAAAACACUGAAUUGACCAAAAUUGAAAUUCCAGAGCAUGUCACAGAAAUUGGUGAUUUUGCUUUUUACAAUUGUUUAAAUUUGAAAGAAGUUGUAUUACCAACAACCGUUGUGGAAAUUUCACAUUAUUGUUUUGAUGGAUGCACAAAUUUGAGUACAUUGGCGUUGAAGGGAAACAUUGAAAAAUAUGGAAUAUGUUGUUUCAACGAAUGUAAGUGGUUGAAAGGCAAAAUCAAUGCACCAGAUAAUUGUUUUGAAAUUCAACAAGACAAUGAUUCCAAUGAUUAUUAA